AUGGCGCUCGUGUCUCCUGUGUCGACCAGCUGGGAACAGAAGCAGCCCACGCUGACGGAUAUAGGAGCAGAGAUCAGGUGGCUGGUGGCUACUAUGGUCAUGAAAUCGGACCUACAGUCCCUGGCAAGCACCCUCACGGCAUCAAUCACCUCGGCGGUGAGAGAGUUGCAGUCAGAUGUGGACGCUCAAGGAGACUGCAUUCGGGCAGACCUCACAGCAACAAGCAUCUGCAGCAGACACAGCCAAUGUGUGGCAAGGCAGCAUGCCAUUAGCCCUGCGCCGCUAGGUUGA